AUGUCGGAAGGUAAUAAAUUAUUUGCAAAACCUAGAGUGAGAUUUAGUCAGAAUAUUAAUGCUAAGGAAAAUUCAAAAGAUUUAUCGAAUAAGAUAGAUAAAAUUUUACCUAAAAUCAUAGAUAUUGUACCUGUCAAGACACCUGUUAAAAUUAUAAGUUUAAAAAAUAAAUUGGAUAAUCUAAUUACAACAACAACUAAUAAUUAUAGUGACGAUACAAUGAAGAAAGAAUCAGUAAUUUCAUGCAACAGUGUACGUACAUUGUCUCAAAAAGAAAAUGAUCAUUUCUUACAGGAUCAAUCAAUUCAUAAGACAGAUGAUAAAGAAUCUUCAAUUAAUGCACGUAAUACAGUAAAUAUAGAAACUAAUAAUACAGAACGGACAUCUGUAACUUGUAAAAGAUCUUCACAAGAGGAUGUUCCUGGUUUACCUUGUUCAACAUUUUCUUCAACCAAAGAUAAUAAUGAUCAUUGUAAAAUUCUUAAACCUAAAAACAGUACAGCGAUAAACAUAUCUAAGGAAUCUACAAAGAAUAGUCUUGACAAGGGAAAGGAAAAUAAGAAUUUAUGUAAGAAAAAAUUACCACAGUUAAGUAAAGAUAAAGCAAUAGUAAAACCAUUGUGUUCAAAAACGACAAGUCAAAUGAAAAAAAAAACAGAUAUCACUAAAGUCAAUAUGCAAAAGUUAAAUGUUGCAAAACAUAAUGCAAAAAGUACAAAUAAACCAUCUGCUUCGAGUACUGAUAAGCAAAUUAAAAAAACUCCUGGUAUAUCUAAUAAAAAUUCACAAAAGAAUUUAAGUAUAAAAUCUAGUACAAUAAAUGUUAUGCCAUGUUAUAAGUAUAAUAAAAAUUUGAUAAAAAGUAAAAGUUCCCCCAUUAAAAAAUCUGUAGUACGUGAUAUUGUAGUACCUAAUGCAAAAGUUUAUGUAGAACCAGUUAUAUCAAAGCAAAAACAAAUUGAUUUAAAUCCACGUCGAAUAACUAAAAAUACAAAUGCAAGAUCAAAUAUUACUUCCAGCGAAAAACUAUUAUAUCCAGAAUAUAAUUCAAUCAUGUACACUGUUACCAAAUUGGAUGAAGUUAAGAAAGAGAAAAUAGUAACAGAUGUUGAACAUUUACCUACCAUAUAUAAAGAUUUAGUCAAUGGAAAGAUUUCAAGUGCAUUAGAUUUUCCUAUGAAUGAAGCUAUUUAUAAAAAUUUAGUAGAUUUGUCUAUAGACGAGAAACAAUUUCCAAAUAAAAUAAUGCGCAGUAGAGAUCCACAACCAAGGCAAAGAGAUCUUGUACCAAAAUUAUCAGAUUUUUUUGUCCCAGAAUCUGUUGACGAAUAUUAUACUCCAAUGUUUGUGAAAUCAAAAAAUUCUGACCUUAUAGAAAAUUGGAAUGCAUUUCGAAUAAGUGAUAAAAUAUGUGAGUGGAAGGAUAACAUGGAUAAUUAAUCAUGAGAAUCAAGUUUUUAUAAAGAAAUAUACAUAUAACAGAAAUAGUAUUCUGGUACUUUUUUUUUCAGUAGAAUAAUUUAUAAUAUUUAAAUAAGCAAUCAUUAUUGUAUAUGCAAUGUAUGAUAAUUUUUAUAUUUUUUACUUUGACAUUUAGAUUAAGUAGCACCUAUUUUGGCUACAGAUAAAUAAUUUUGCUAAAUAAAAUAUAUAUUUUAAUAAUAA